AUGCUCCGUAAAGAAUACCAACAGGAAGAGCACCUGCAGGGUGUUAGGUUCAAUUGGAAUGUAUUUCCAUCAACCAGACUCGAGCAAUCGCAGCUUCUGACCCUGGUAGGCUGUCUCUAUAAACCGUUCAAUGAAUCGGAAACAAUUCCUACCUUGACGAGCCAUGCAAUAUCUUGCUCAUCAUGCUUGAAUUAUAUUAAUCCGUAUAUAAAGAUUGACAGAAUUAACCAAAUGUGGUGGUGUCCAUUUUGUUGCAAAAGGAGCUAUUUUCCUGAAGGGUAUGAGUUUGAUAACAUUACCAAUGAUAUUUCGGUGAAUCCUUCCUCUUCCACAAUAGAUUACAUAUUACCUGAAGAUAUAAGCAACCCAAUUGUUUCGGUUCCUAAAUGUUUUAUCUACAUAAUUGAUAAAUACCAACAUCGGGAUGAGGUUGAUCACAAAAGCUUUUUGAUAGAUAAUGUAAAGAAGAAUAUCAAUAGUUUACCUGCGGGCAGUCUUGUCAUGUUAAUAUCGUUUUCAGAUACAGUAGAAGUUCAUAACUUGAAUGGAGACUCAGUGAUGUUCACCCAAGAAGAACUUUUCAGUAAAGCAAAAAACUUCGACUUGAAGGACACACCCAGGCUAAUAUCAAAGAAACUUAAUCUUACACAAUUGGCAUCAGAUUGGUCAAGAAGUGAUUUGGUAACUAAUGGAUACUUGAAUGAUGCACACAAGAUAAAAUUGGACAAGUUGAAAACAGAAUUAACCAAUACUUAUAAGCCUGUAAGAGCCACUGGUAUGGCUCUUUUGAUCUGCUCUAUUAUUCUAAACCAAUCAAGCUUCAAACAUUUCGUUGGUAAAGUUUCUCUUUUGACAAGUGGACCUGUCACCCUCCAACCAGGAGCAAUUGUUGGCUCUCAUACUGGUGAAACGGUUCGUUCUCAUCAUGAUGUUUUGAAUUUAAAAUCUCCUUAUUUCAUUUCUUCCUUCAAAUUUUACAGUUUGUUGGGUCAGCUAGCCAUUGGCCAUACGUUACUGAAUGCAUUGGACAUUGUUCAUUCGUCAAAAACUCUUAAUAUACCUUCCGAUAAACCAAGAUUCGUUGUUGAUAUUUAUACUGGCUCAUUAGAUCAAGUUGGUGUUUAUGAAAUGAGCCCCCUAUGCAAGAUAUCAUGUGGUAAUAUUAUACUAUCUGAUAGUUUUGCUUCACCACAUUUCCAGAGAAAUUUUCAAAAAAGUACUCAGCAGUUUCUUGCAACCAAAUUGGAUGCAAAAUUCAGUAUAUCAACUUCUACGGGGGCCAAAAUUUUGAGAAUUUUAUCAGGAAAUGGUUCCCCAUUGCCUUCGACCUAUCAAGUAAAUCCGAAAUUGAAUCAUAUGCAUUCGGAGAAAAUCUCUGACACUUUGGAUUCCUUCGACAGUAACGUGAAAAAAGUUAAGUUCACCAAUCUGUGGUGGUUCAAUAGUAUUGAAGAAGAUACAAUUGCAAUUUUUUUUGAAGUUGAUACUGUCUCGUCUUCUUCAAAAUUAAGCGGUGAUGGAAUAAAAGAAAUAUAUGUUCAAUACCAAAUGUAUUAUAAAUUUGAAAAUUCGUUUAGAUUGAGAGUAACCACAAUUAGGAGGCCGACUACUUUAUCAAUUUUGCUAAAAAAUCAAGAUAGUGGAAUGAAAUUGAUAAAUUCCAAAACUUUAAUAAUGAAAGAACGUGAUUUAUUAAAUAGUUUCGAUUAUCAAGCAUGGGCAGUGCUUUUGGCACGAUUAAUGAUCAAUAAAAUUGAUACAACAUUAGGAUUCGGUGAUUUUGAAACUGUGGUGAAAAAAGCAGAUUUAACAUUGGUUAGAUUAUUACAUUAUUUUGGAGGCAUUUCAAUUGACAAAAUUACACAAUCUUCAAAUCCUUAUGACAGCUUAAUGUCAUGUUAUAGAAUUAAUGAAAAUUUCAAGAAGUUACCAUCUUUGAUGUACAAUUUAAGAAGAAAUCCUCAAUUAAUCAAUAUAUUCAACAGUUCUCCCGAUGAGACGGCUGUUUACCAUAAAUCAUUUAUGUCAGCUAAUACGUCUCUAUCGUGCAAAAUGAUCGAACCUCAAAUACAUAAGAAUUACGAAGAAACUACUUUAGACUAUGUUACAUUGAAAAACCUUGAAGAAGGUCAUUUUUUGAUAAUGGAUUCUGGGUUUCAUGUGAUCAUUUAUUAUAAUGGUAAAUUAAAAUUACAUCCUUCGAAUAAUGAUGAACUAAUAUUUGGAGAUUCUCCUGGUGAAUUGAUACAUGUGCUUGAAUUCUGCUGGAAACUAGCUUCAGAUAGACCAAUAGAGCCUAAGAUGAUAUUAACGCAAAAAGGGCAUUCGCAAGCUAGGUUCUUAAUGGCACGAUUGAUCCCAGAAGACCAAGAGACUGGUCCACCAAAAGAGCCUAGCAAGAAGUCGAUAGGAUCUUGGUUUAGACAACUAACUCUAUCUAGUAGUAGCCCAGGACUUAAUUAUGCAUUAAUGACUGAAGAGAUCAGCCUCAAACGGUUCUAUGAUGAACUUAUAAAUCUUGUAAAUAAUUAUGAAAUCAAUGAUCAUUAUUAA